UGAAUCGCUUGUUCUUCUCCUCGCCGACCGACCAAAUAGGCCGUGUGCGGUGGAAUGGGUAUCUUCUUCAACGCCACCCACUGCCGUAUUGGUGUUGGUGAAAUCUUUGCUUCCACUGGGCGAAAAGAAGACACGGUAGGCGAGCUGUCAUCACGGGCCACGAACAACAGAUGAUCGCCGCAGUGUGCCAUGAACGGAGGGAUAACUCAAACGCGGAAAGUUAUUGCUAGUACUACUGUUCUUGUUUUGGUCGCUGUUUCGUCGUCGUCGUCACCGUAGUUUCGCCGUUGUGUCGUCGCGCUAUCCGUUUGGAACAUAUUUUCCUUUAUUUUUCUUUUGCGCCUUCUGCUAAUGGUCAUCCUGGCAUCAGUGUGUCGCAACGCCACAUGACCGCAGCAACGGCCGGUGAUUUUUCGCGCGUCGUGAUUCCUCGUCGCUGCCAUUAUUAUCCGGAGCAAGUUCAGUGAUCGGUGAAGAGCCACAGCAGCUAACUCAGGUACGCCGAGCGGAACCAGCCAAAGUUUUGUACCAAGUGCAAGUUUGUGUCCAGCUUCAGGCAGACUCCCACUGCUGCCUACAAUUUCAUUUACGAUCCGCACACGGUUGACCGCCACUCGUGUUUUCUCUCCACAUCUUCUUCGGGUCCAACAUUAGAACGUGACGCCGCGUGAGCGUAUUUGUGAUUGCGUAUGUGUGUUCGGCAAUCGAGGUCAACCCUUCCAACUGACCCGUGAUCCGGUGCGCCAUGCUCCAGUAGCACUAGUUUAUGUGAAUCUCGGUAGCGUGAAAACAAGUGUUUCCGGUCCAGAGAAAAACAGACAUCAGGGAUUAAAGCGGCGGCUAUCGGGACAAAAAUAACGCGCUCAAUCAACAAGGAUACCUCAGCAAAAAAAAAACAACAACAAAUCAACUCAAAAUGUUAUUAACUUAACCACAAAACGUUGUAGCAAUCGUGUAGAAACAAAAUAACUUAAGCUGAAAGUGCCUUACAGGACCAUAAAGCAGGAAUAAAAGUUUUUCAACAAUCGAUCUAACGAAAGUACAAAUCUUUUAGAACAAAACAAAUACUCGUAAAUAACUAAAAAAAAUAUAAAAAAAUACCUUUCAAGUUGCCAACCAAUUUCAAACCUCAAAUCUAACAUAAAAGUGUUUCCACGUGAUAAUCAACAGAAGAAGAAAAACGAAACCGCCAAAUUGGAUCCCUCGGUGGCCAGUGAGUUGACCAGUUUGGAUUUGUUGCACAAGUUUGGCAACAAGCCGCUGGGUUUCGGUGUUGCUGCGCAUCACCACUCGCAGCUCCAUCAUCACCAUCCGCUGGGCCCUUCGGCGGCCCAUCUGCUGUAUCCGCAGCACCCCCAUCAUCAGCAGCAGUUGCAGCUGCUGCAGCAGCAUCAGCAACAGCAGCAACAACUGCAAUCUCCGUCGCCGGUAGAACAGGAGAAGCAGCAACAGCAUCAGCAGGACUCGGAUCGGGCGUCCAAGUCCCCGGCCAAAACGGUUCUCAAAAUGGAAUCAGAAACGGCGUGGAAUGGCAAUCCAGAAAAUCAAGCUCAACAGUACGGCGAAGUGAACCAGCUGGGCGGUGUCUUCGUGAAUGGACGACCUCUUCCGAACAGCACCCGGAUGCGGAUCGUUGAGCUAGCUCGACUAGGUAUCCGACCCUGCGACAUCAGCCGGCAGCUCCGGGUUAGCCACGGUUGCGUAUCCAAAAUACUAGCACGCUACCACGAAACCGGUUCGAUACUACCCGGAGCCAUCGGCGGUUCCAAACCUCGGGUCACCACCCCCAAGGUUGUGACCUACAUCCGGGAGUUGAAGCAGAAGGACCCCGGCAUCUUCGCCUGGGAAAUACGGGAUCGGUUACUGUCCGACGGAGUUUGUGAUAAGAACAACGUCCCUAGUGUGAGUUCGAUUUCCCGCAUUCUGCGCAACAAGCUCGGAAAUAUUUCGCAUCACCCGCACACCGGCAGCCACACGCCUCACACCCCGCACCUGUACAACUCCAUCUAUCCGUCUUAUCCGUACACCACCAACUCCCUGAAAUCGGAAAUGUCUUCCGGCGGAAGUCCCUCGCCUCCAACGGGCGUUACUCCGAUGCGUUCUCCCCACCAUCAUCACUGUUGGCCAUCGUCCCACUCGGUGACGGACAUCCUGGCCAACGUCCACCAUCAGGCAGCUGUGGCAGCCCUCCGAAACGGUAACCUCCCUUCGUCCCAGUGCCACACGACACCUCCCCCUCCGGCCCUCGGCUCCGUAGUUCCGAACAUGGCCGCCGCAGUCGCAGCAAGCAAUAUGGUCAACGCGGCCGCUGCCGUCAGCCACCAGACGAUGCAGGGGGGCGGCGACAACGGAAGUUCCGGCGGGGGCGGAGGCGGUGGCCAUCAUCAUCACCAGACGGCGGCCGGCACCAACAGCUCCUACAACUACUACAUGUAUCUGCAAAGCGGCGGGAUGCACCACCAUCAUCACGGCGGGCUGGCCAGUGCCUCCGGAUUAUAGGAAGACGUUGCAGCCACCACCACCGGAUGGUUGCACAAUCACGCCGCCCAGAGUGUGCUAUUUUAACCUGUAGAUAAGCGUUUUUUAUUUAUUAGAUUUUAAGUACCAUUUGAACGAUGUGAACGUGAUAUGAAGAUGAAGGAUGAGUGUAUAAUUUUAAGUAGCGCAUAGAACGAUAACUACACAGUCAAAUGAUCGAAAACGUUGAAACCAAUUAGUGCAAUAACGUUGGAAAGGCAUAUAAAGUAGGGAUUUUUUUCAUAUUUAAAAGUCACCGAGGAAAAAUGAAACUUAUAACGGCAAUCAGGAAGAACGGAGCAGCUUCCGGGGAGUAAAAAUAAUUUAAAGUCUCUUUUUUUGACAUAUUGAUUUAAGGAAAUUUUCAUCUUUUAAGUUGUGGUUUGAAAAUUUUAACUCAAAAUACGAACUUUGAAUCCGAUUCGAAAAAGGCAAUUGAAAUCUUAACUUAAAAAAUCAAAAUGUGAAUAACUGCUUUUUCAUAAACGGAAAAUGUUAGCAUUUUAUCUCUGCAGGAAAUAGAUACUAAAUUACCCAGAUAAACAGCUUGAAGAGUUGGUUAUUAUCGCGCCAGCACUAAAUUUUACUUUGGAAGUCCUGACUUCCGACAAAGGAAAAUGAAGUACUAGAUUAUCGAAAGUCUGUGUUCAGCUGUCAGUUCACCAGCGACGUUUCUAAACAAAAAUUGUUUAAAUGCACAAUAUUUUUCUGAUCCAGACUGUUAAAAGUCGAAAAAUCGGUCCAGAAUCCGUAAAAAUGUGGUACAUACUUCAGGUAAAACAGAUGUGAAAACUGGAUGUGUAAAACGUCAAGCUUUUUGAGGACUCUGAUCAAAACAAUUUCUCCACGAUGGUAAGUGAAUUGACAGCUUUGAAUGGUGCAAAUUCUCAUCACAACUGGAAAACUCAAGCUCCGGAUUGAAACUUUUUUCCGAAUGAAGAGAACUCCUGUUUAGACUGAAAAUUGAACCUUUGAUUGGAACUCCCAUCGCAAUCAGAUUUCCGGAUAUCUCAACUAGAAAAUUUAACCCUCAAUUAGAACUCAAAUUUUAAUCGAAACUCCCAUCUAGACGGGAAAAAUCAAAUGUUCGAUUGGAACUCCCAUCGUCGGAACUCCCACCUCGACUGGAAAACUCAAAACUUCCAUUGGAACUUCUUUCGCAUUCAAACUUUAGUCGAAGCUGCUAUCUCGACUGGAAAACUCGAUCCUUUGAUUGGAACUCCUUACGUAACCAACAUUAAGUCGGAACUCCUAUCUCGACUGGAAUACUCAAGCUUUUGAACAGAACUCCCAUCGCAAUCAAACUUUAGUCAGGUUUCCCAUUUUGAUUGGAAAACUGGAGCAUUAGGUUGGAACUUCCAUAGAAUCAAACCUUCGAUUGGAACUUCCAUCGCAUUAAAACUUCAGUUAGAACUCCCAUCUCGAAUAGAAAACUCGAGCUUUGAUUGGAACUUCCAUCGCAAUCAAACUUCAGUCGGAAGACCCAUCUCGGCUGGAAAACUUUAGCUAUUGAUUGGAACUUCUAUCGCAAGCAAAUGUCUUCCCAUCUCGACUAGAAAACUAAAACUAUCGAUUGGAACUUCCAUCGCAAAACUCGAGCUUUGAUUGAAACUUCCAUCGCAAUCAAACUUCAAUCGGAAGACCCAUCUCGGCCGGAAAACUUGAGCCAUUGAUUGGAACUUCCAUCGCAAUCAAACUUUAGUCGGAACUCCCAUCUCGACUGAAAAGCUCAAACCUUCGAGUUUAACUUCCUUCACAAUCCAACUUAAGACGGAACUCCGAUCUCGACUGGAAUAUAAGAGCGUUGAAUUGAAGCUCCCAUCGCAAUUAAACUUCAGUCGGAACUCCCAUCUCAUCUGGUAAACUCAAACCUUCGAUAGGAGUUUCCAUCGCAAUCAGUCUUCAAUCGGAAUUCUCAUCUCGAUUAGAAACUUCAAUCGGAACUCUCAUUUCGACCGAAAAACUUGAGCCUUUGAUCGGAACCCCCAUCGUAAUCAAAACUCAAUCGGAACACCCAACACGAUUCAUCGGAAAACUCAAACGUUCGAUUGGAACUUCCUUUGAAAACCGUGACAGGACACGAACUUGCAAUCUUCUGGUCUGUUGUCGGAAAAAUAUGACUCAAAUUUAAUGAAACUUUUCUCGAUUUAGUUUUGUUAAACAGAUAAGGAUCAGGACUCUGAAUUAGAAUGAAGAAUCGGACUUGAGCCUCUAAAUUCAGAACGAAACUCCGCAAACAAAAUUCUGAAUCAGAAUUUAGAAUUAGAAUUUUUAUCCAAAGUUCAAAAUGUGAACUUGGGAUUUAAAUUCAAAACAAUUGAAUCGGAUUGUCAAUCAGAAUUCCACGAUUUUUGAUUGAAAUUUCAAACUCAACUUAGUGAAAAAGAAUGUCUAUAAUUUGGUUUUGUUCUUUCUUCUGCUAGAGCAGUCUUGUCCAACGACAAAAUUAUUCUUAUUUGUUUUUUACUUCACAAAAGGCAUGGAAAAAUCAUAGAAAUUGCGACUUGAGUCGGCUUUUUUUUAUCAAUCAACCGUAGAAAAUCAUUGUAAAUUUGAACACUCAAAUAGUCUCAAAACAUUUAUAAAAAGAAAAAAAAAUCGAACCAGCUCGAAACAAACAGUACAAAUUCAAAACUGAUCAACAUCAGCGAUAGAUAACAAACAACCAAAAUCAAUCGUCGUCAACUAACAACGUCUCACAAAGCUCAAAAGGUUGUAACGAAUCGAAUUAAACUUACAAAUUUGCAACAGAAAUAACAACAACAAAAACUCAAAACUGAACAAAACAAAACUUUAAAAAGAACCCGAAAGCAAGUACAACAAACUAUAUCAUAUUUUAGCACUUUUUGAUAGAAAACAAAGGAAGAAGAAAAAACUGAUUACAAAAAUGAAGAAAAAACAACAAUGCUAGCUCAUUUUGUAAAUGUAGAAAACUUGUAGAAACAUGGAAAGAAGUGUUAGCAGAAAAAGCAAUAUUUUUAACAUAACGAAAAAAAACCAAAACAAAAACAAACAAAAAUUGUAACAAAAACAUGUAAGUAGUAGAAAGUUACAACCGAACACAAACCAUUUGUGGGUGGUAGUGUGGAUUAACCGAUUAACACAAUUUCAUGGAAGGAAAAGUGCAAAAAAAAACAAAACGCAAACAAACAGAAUCGAAGAGGUAAACUUACACUGAAGAAUACUAACAACAACAUCAACAAAAACAAAACAAAAUUACAACAACAGAUGGAACUCGAUAGGAGGAAAAAGAUUCUGUAAUUAAUAUCCCCAGAUGUGUGCCUUUUUCUAAUGAAAAGAAAAGAAGAACAAAACUCAGAAAAAAACUACGCGGAAUUACCGAUUUUUCGGAACAUGGUUAAGAGUUAGCUGAGAGGAAAUGAGGAAAAACAGUAAAAAACGUAAACAAAACUCUCUCUUCGAGCUCCCCAACUAACUAAAUGAAAAUCGGUGUUUUCCGCGUGCAGCAGAAAGUUGUUAACUUGUACAUAAAACCUUGAAUGAAUCGGUAAACAACAAUUCAUUCGCUCGUUUUAGGAAGGAAGAUACUUCGUUUGAAAGCUG